AUGGCUGCCUUCCCACCACCCAAGCUGCAAGAAGCGGCAGAACAAGUGGCCAGUCUACUUCGCGAGCGUCAGGAGACGAUUUCUGUGGCCGAGACGGCCGCGGGCGGGCUGGUGUCUGCGGCGCUGCUGGCGACGCCGGGCGCGUCGAGGAUCUACAAGGGAGGGGUGACCUUGUACACGCUCGAGUCGAGGCUGGCGUUUGCGGGCUGGACACAGAGCAAUAUCGACAACUACGACGGACCAACCCCUCAACUGGUGGCCGGGUUGGCUACCCAUGUGCGCGACGCGUUGAAGUCGACGUACUGUGUUGGCGAGCCUGGUUGGCGCCAUCGCCGGUUCCCCACGAUCAAGUACCUUAUCCCUUUCUGGCCCGCGCAAUUGAGACCCCUGGUGUCGCAUUCGACCGUUCCUUUUCUUGUUUACUUUUGA